AUGGCGGCGGUCGCGGUGGCCACAUUUUUCCCAUCAGGGCGGGCAGAAGGCGCAUAUCGAUGGGAGCCAACCCAGCAUUCGACGACAACUGGCUGGGCUGAGGAAGAUGUGCGCAUCCGCUUGCGCAUGAUCGCCCGCGCCUGGGAAUCCGCUUCACACAAUGCUCAGAUUUCAUCCCAUCAUCGACGACCCCUCAAAACCACAUGCAACAUCUCAACUCCGUUGAAAACACCAGAAUGCGGCCCGCGAUGGUUGCGACGAUUUGAAGCGCCCUCUGAACCGUCCGAGCCAUGCGAGCAAGUCAUGGAUCCGACGAACACUGGCGGUUUUGCAAGUCGACGACCAUCAGACUUUUCCUUCUUCACCCAACCGCAAACUUCAAGUGCAGAACACCGACAGCGACGUAACGGCGACGCCAUAUUUAGCGAUCCCACACGCGACUUUCUCAUCGACUUCGGUUCCGAGGAAGGAUUCAUGCAAGCGGCGAAGAAGAAGAAUAAGAAGGCCCCAGCCAAGGCGCCGGCGGCAAACAACAAUAACGAUGACGAUGGCGCGAAGAAGGAAGACGAAGGCGCCGGCGAUGGAGGUGAUCAAGGCGGUGACGCAGGUAACGACGGCGGAGCUGCGGGCGACGGCGAUGGAGGCGACAAAGAGACACCGCCACCAGCAGACGAUCCGCCCCCGGAAGAUGACUGGGGCUUCGCAACCACGAAAUCCAAGAAGAAGGGCAAAAAGGCUGACGAACCGGCGCCUGAUUCAUUCGAUGAAAUAAAACUGGACGACAUAGGCAGCGGCAACGGGUCGCUAGACAUCAAUUUCGGCUCAACGGAGACCAAGAAGUCAGGGGGGGUUGGUUGGGGAUUGGGAGCGUCAAAUUGGACAACAACAGGCACGGGACUAGGGAACACAUGGGAUUGGUCUGGCGCUAACAAGAAUGCAGCCACAAGUACGCCGGCAGAGGCAAAGGAAGACGCCGAUUCAAAUCCAUGGGGCUCCAAAAGCAAAACGAAGAAGAAAAGCACGACACUGGGGUUUUCGUUCGGCGACGAUACACCAGCUGACCCGGAACCGGCACCCGACCCGCCGCAGGAGAAAGAGGAGAAAGAUGACCCGUGGGGUUUCGGCACUGCGACUACAAAGAAAGACAAGAAGAAGAAGAAAGCCAGUAUCUGGGAUGCGGUGGAAGAAGAUAAGGCUCCUGAACCAGCCAAGGAGGAGACACCUGCAGACGACCCAUGGGGUUCGUGGGGCGGUACCACCAAGAAGGGGAAGAAGGACGACCCUCCCAAAGAGGAGCCGAAAGACGACCUGUGGGAUACCUGGGGACUUGGUAAGAAGAAGAAGAACAAGGACGAGCCGGCCCCUGAACCAAUCCCUGAGCCGGCGCCCGAUCCGCCAGCCUCUAACGAGGAUCCUUGGAGUUGGGGAACAUCAUCGGGGAAGAAGAAGAAGAAAGGUCUAGUCGAACUUGAACCUGAACCUCCCCCGGUGGUAGAACCAGAGCCGGAACCCACCCCGCCGCCAGAACCCGAGCCAGAGCCCGUUGAUCCUUUCGCAGGCUUGACCAAUUCACAGAAGAAGAAAAAGAAGAAGGAGAUGGCUGCCGCCGCCGCUGCUGCCGAGGCCGAAGCUGCUAAAGCCGCCGAGGCCGCCGCCGCCGCCGAAGCGGAAGAGGCUGCCCGAAAGGAAGAGGAGGAACGACUAGCAAAAGAGGCCGAAGAGCAAGCCGCCAAAGAAGCAGCAGAAGCCGAAGAGGCGGCGAAAGCAGCGGAAGCCGCCAAAGCAGCAGCUACGGACGACUUUGGAUGGGGUGUAUCAACUAAAACCAGCAAGAAGAAGAAGAAGGGCAAAGCUGAACCAGAGCCCGAACCGGUUCCUCCUCCACCCCCUCCAGCCCCUGAACCAGAGCCUGAGCCAGAGAAAAAGGACGACCCAUGGGGCUUUGGUACCGUGACAUCCAAAAAGGACAAGAAAAAGAAGAAGGGCCUUCUUGCCGAACCUGAACCUCCCAAGGAACCGGAACCUGAACCCGAGCCGGAGCCAGUACCGGAGCCAGAGCCUGAACCGGAGAAGCCAGCAGAAGAUGACUUUUGGGCCACUUUGACAGGAUCCAAAAAGGACAAGAAGAAGAAGAAGAGCAAGACUGCCGAUCCCGAGCCGGAACCCAUUCCUGAACCUGCGCCCGAGCCUCCUGCUGCUGAUCCAGAGCCAGAACCACCAGCGGACGACGACUGGGCAAGCUUCGGCCUUUCCAAGAAGGACAAAAAGAAGAAGAAGGGCAAAUUGGCGGACCCCGAACCCGAACCCGAGAUUGUACCAGAACCGGCGCCUGAUCCCCCAGCCGAGGAAGCGGAGCCGGAACCUGAAAAGAAGGAUGACGACGACUUCUGGGCCGCUGCUACUAGUUCGAAGAAGGACAAAAAGAAGAAGAAGGAGGCCGAAGCUGAAAAGUCCAAAGACGACUCUUGGGGCAUCUGGGGCCUUUCCUCCAAGAAAGACAAGGAGAAGGAGAAGGAGAAGGAGAAGGACAAAGACAAGGAGAAGGAAAAGAAGAAGAAAAGCAAGGAGGCCGACAAGGAAGCCGAGGAACCGAAGGCUGAAGUGGUCGAAGAGGAUGAAUGGGCCGGCUUGAGCAAGUCGGACAAGAAGAAGAAGAAGAAAGAUGCCAUGGCCUUGGUUGAGUUUGGCGGAGAGGACGAGCCUACCCCUGCCGAGGAAGCCCCUCCUGCCGUGCCAGAUAUUGCCGACCCCCUGGAUGGCGGCGGCUUCUUCAGCUCAUGGAACAUCGGCGGUAAGAAAGACAAGAAGAAAAAGGGAGCCGACACCGACGAAGGUGCUUCUAUGAAGCCCGAUGCAAUCGAGGAGCCCACAGAUGACAUCUGGGGAACCUCGUCCUCCAAGAAGAAGAAGGAUAAAUCCAAGAACGAGCCCAUUGAAGUCGUGGACGAGGAGCCCAACGUGGAUUCCGUACAACCGGAUUCCGUCGAGGAGACCAAAGACGACGAUGACUGGGCCGGCUGGGGAUCCUCCAAGAAGAAGUCUAAGAACCGUAAGGACAUACUCGCCGACCCUCCACCGGAAGCUCCCACCCCUCCCUCAUUGGACAUGGCUGAGCCUGUAGCAGAAGCAGAACCUGAGAAAGAGAAAUCCAGCUUUUGGGGCGACAUGACCUCUUCCAAGUCUAAGUCCAAGGAUAAGGAUAAAGAUAAGGAAAAGGAGAAGUCCAAGAAAGAGCCCAAGCUGAGCGAGAAGGAGCUCAAGAAGCUCGAGAAAGAAAAGAAGAAGGCUGAAAAGGAAGAGGCAGCGCGGUUAGCCAAAGAGGAAGAGGAGGCUGCCGCCGCCGCUGCUGAGGCCGCUGCCAAGGAAGAGGAAGAACGCCUUGCACAAGAAGCAGAGGAGGCCGCGGCAGCGGAGGCGGCUGAGGCGGCCGAGAAGGCACGAAUCGAGGAAGAGGAGGCUGCAAAGAUUGCGGACGAGGAGGAGCAGUUCGCUGCCUUGGAGGCCAAGAAGCUCAAGAAGGGCAAGUUGACCAAGAAGGACCAGGGUGUUUACGACACGCUCAAGGCAUCGAUCGACGAGCGCGCUGCCGCAUCCCAAGCUGCUGCGGAUGCCGAAGCCGCCGCCGCCGCCGAAGCUGAAGAAGCCGCUCGCAUCGAAGAGGAAGAGCGACUCGCCAAGGAAGCCGAAGAAGCUGCUGCCAAGGAAGCUGAGGAGGAAGCUGAAGCAGCAGAGAAGAAAGCGAAGAAAAGCUCCAAGUCGGAGAAGGAGUCCAAGUCCAAGUCGAAGAAAGACAAGGAGAAAGAAAAGGAGAAAGAGAAGGAGAAAGAGAAAGAGAAGGAAAAGAAGGAGAAGAAGGACAAGAAGGACAAGAAAAGCAAGGACAAGGAGAAGGAGAAGGAAGAGGAGCCGGAGCCGGCACCAGUCGAGGACGUCGAUAAUGAGGACGAGCUGGCCGACAUUGAGCUGACCGAGGACCAAAUCGAGGAGCUCCUGGCCGAUCCCGAGCCUGAGGAAGCUGCUCCUCCUCCACCACCCCCGGCGCCGGAAGUAAAGCCAUCCAACGAUGCCUUCAGUUUCUGGGGCGUUGGCACUAAGAAGUCAAAGAAAGGUAUGUGGCCUCAGGCUCGCAGCUAA